AAUAGGACUAUACUGAAAGGCUCGAGCCAGAUUAUGGCUGGUGGGAGGGUACGUCUCUAUUAUUUGUGGUUAUGUUCUUAGCAGAUUAAUUGGCCUGACUUUCUUAAUUAAGAAUGAAACCUGUAACUCUGAACAAAGCACAAAGAAAUAAGACCUGAAACUUAUAAGAUGAUUUUUUAUCCUGAUGUUCUUAAUCAUUACGAGGAUGGAAGAGUGCAGUGAUCACAUACUUAGAUGUCAUCUAAAGGUAACCUAGUGGAGGCCAGCUCCGAGUCUGUGGCAGUAAUUCAUGCACUACCUGGCAUGUCUGCAUCUCCAUCUCAGGUCACCUCCCAUCACAGUGACUUGGACGAGUUCCUGUGUGGCUGGGGUGCAGCCGUCAUCAACAUUGCAAUCACUUUUCCUCUCAACAAAGUUAUCUUUCGUCAGAUGGUGCACAAUGUCGGUGUUCACAAUGCAGUACAGCAAAUAUCCAAGGAAGGGAUGUUUUACCUGUACAGAGGCAUCUUGCCACCCCUCUGUCAGAAGUCCAUCUCAACGUCACUCAUGUUCGGGAUCUACGAGAGUUGCUGCACUCGUCUGAUGGACCUAGGAAUGCCUAAGUUCAUGAGUAGUGUUAUAGCGGCCAACAUAGCUGGCACCACAGAGGCACUUCUCACUCCGUUCGAACGAAUCCAGACACUCAUGCAACACAGCAAUUUUCACCGGGAGUUCAAGAACUCCCAACACGCUUCCCGAGUGAUAGCCAUCCAGUACGGUAUCAAGGAGUUCUACCGAGGACUUGUGCCAAUUCUCUUAAGGAACGGACCAUCAAAUGCUUUCUUCUUUGUUUUAAGAGAAAAAGCUAACUUAGCGAUACCAAAGCCAAAUUCAGUUAUCGGAACUGCUACUAAAGAGUUUAUCAUUGGUGCUGUGAUCGGUGCAUUUGGGAGUACUGUUUUUUAUCCCCUUAAUGUGAUAAAGGCGCACAUGCAGAGCCGCUUAGGGGGUCCUCAUCAGUCUACGUGGUCCGCAGUUGGUGAGAUUUACUAUGCUAGGGACGGGAGCCUACGUAAGUUUUAUCGAGGUGUACACUUGAACUACACACGGUCCUUUAUAAGUUGGGGAGUUAUUAAUUUAGCUUAUGAGAAUUUAAAAAAAUGUAUACAUAAUGAAUAAAUAAAUUAUAAUUUGAUAUUCCAGCUGUUAUAAGCUGUUGUAAUAUUUAUAUAGUAAAUUAUUUGUAUUAAUAGUCUCUAAAAUAAAUUUAAUUUCUUUUAUUAUGACUAUUCUGUAAUUUAUUGUUGAUGAAAUUUGAAAGAAGCAAUAUUGAUGUAAUUUAAAACUAAUAUAGUAGUUAAAGAACACAACUGAUUGUUACUUAAGCAAUCUUAAGAUUGUAUAUUAUCUUUUUGAGAAUGAAUGUAAAAUUAUUUGAUUUAUUUAUUAAGAAAAGUUAUUAAUGUAUUUAAAGUUAUAAAUUUAAUUAAUUAUUUGAUUUUACAAAGUUUUGGUUCAUUUAAAUUUUACAUAGCCAUUCAGAAGUUGUUUACUAUAACUUUUAUAGUAUUUGAAAAUGAACAGGACAGCAACAAAUGUUUUAAUGCUAACUAUGUCUAUUAACCAGUUGCUGUUAUGAUGUGUCACUUGGACGAUGUGUAAGUCUUUACUAUCCAAUAUUGUUGUUGUAAACAGAUGAAAAUAUUUUAUCAUCACUAAAAUAUUUAUCAUUACUUUAAAAAGAGAUUAGGCCUCGGAUCCAUAUGGGCGUUGUGUGGCAAAAAUUUCUUUCAGUAAAACUGGUACUGUUCAGUGACUCAGUUAGCACAAACGUUUUGUUUUAUUUUUGUCUGUUAAAUAUAUUAAUACUGAUCCCAUUUUUAUCAAUUAAAUUUAAAAUGUUUGAUAUUUUUUAUUUUUACCACAGUUUACUCAAUAUAAUAGGUUUCCUUUAAUAUUUAUAUUCCCUGUUUCUUUUGUUUGCUGCUAGAUAGUGUGCAACCACAACGUUUCAAGUGGCAACAGAGUUUAGCAUUGGAUGCAAUUUCUCCUCACAGGUUGUUUAGGAGUGUUUUGAAUAUAUAUUUAAACUUUAGAGUAAAAUUAUAUUUAAGUAAGAAGUGAAAUUUAUUAUUUUGAGAAAAUUAUGGGAAAGUUUUGCAAUUAAUUGAGGUAAGUUAAAAAUACAUGAAAUCUGAAGAGAUAUAUAAGUUACCAAGUUAUUGGAUCAUAUUUUUAAGUAUCAAGUGGCAUUACUUUUCUGCCUUCAUAUGAGAAUCAAAUUGUAAUUCUUAUAAAAAAUAGACUUAAGUUAGUUAAAAAUGAAAAAUUAUUUGUAUUGCAUUUAAUAUUACGGGUAAAGCAAAAAAUAUAUUGUUGAGUCUGAAUCAAAAUACAUAGCUUUCAUGAAAAAUAUUUCAUUUUUACAAUAUAGUUAGUUUGUUGUUAACCCUGGACUUUGCCAUAGCCAAUUUUUGAUGCAUUAACAACAUUUAUUUUCAGUAAACAGUAAUCGAUUUUCAAUGAGUUAUACAUAUUGCAAUACAAACUAUAUUAUUAACUUUACUUGUUCUUUGUUAAAAAACUAGUGCCAGUUGAAAAAUAAAGACCCAGCACUUUAUAUUAAAACAUAAAGAGAAGUAUAUACUUCAAUGUUGUAAUUUCUAAUUGCGGUUGGGAGUUUUAUUUUUAUCAAAAAAUUAAUCAAGAUAAACUUACACAAUACAAAUGUGGAUAACACAAACUUUUUUCAUUCAAAAUUUUGAAUAAUUCAAACUUUUCUCCAUUGACAUUCGUAUUAGUAUAAUUUUAAAAAGGUUAAUUAUUUGAAGGGUUUUUAUAUCUAUCAUAGUUUAAAUAAUUUCUGAGCAAGAACUCCUUAAAGUAAAUGAGGCAACAUUACAGUGAAUUGUCUAAUACGUAGUUAACUGACUACAGUUGUUACAUCACUGCACAGGCCAUUGCCAUAUCGACUGAUUUGGAAAAGUCGCAGAGUGUUGUCUCCUCCCUACUGUAACACUUAUCGCACCUGUAAUUUUUGGAAAUGUUAGUGACCUGAAUAUCUCCAUACCUUACCUCGUCAGAUUAGUAUCCCAUCUCCCUAUCACUCCUUUGCAUAACCAAUCCUUGCAAUUUUUGUUUAGUUACUGCAAUAUGGCAAAAAUUUCCAAUGUUGUAAUAUGUUGUUUAAACAUAAAAAGUUUUUAUUAUUCACAGAAGCUUAUAACAUUAUAAAUUGUCGGCAUCGGUUGGAGUAGGUAGAUAAUAUAUACCUAUUCCCACGUGUAUUAUAGAAAAUUUCAAGUGGUUAAAUUUGCUCAAAACGUGUAUGACAGGAAUCUCAUAAUUUAAGUGUUUGUUUUUUUGUCGUAAAUUGAGUUUGUAAACUGGUGAUAGAAUGCAUUGGAGUGUCGACUGAAUACCAGGCAACGGCUGUGCUCCAUUCAUUGUUCUUGGCUUCCUGUUAUAGAUCCGAAACUGCUUUUUCUAACUACCGACCAUCAUUUUGGACUGUACGCUGGUGCAUUUGACAGGUUUUCCCAUACGGCAAGAGUGCCAGGGAAACUUUUUUGACUGGCGUGUAAGCUUUGUUUCUGUGUAAUGUUACAACUAAUAGAGAAGUUUUAUUUUUUUAAAUAGUCGUACCUGUUUGCAGUGAAUUCUUUUUAAUUUGAUAUUAAACGAAUUAUAAAAAUUGUGAACUCAGAUGACGAAAACUGAUUAAUUUGUUAAUAAUGGUAUAAAACAUAAAAUACAUAAAACAAUAUAAAAAUAUUUUUUUAAACCAAAUUUUACAUUUUUUCCUACAGUAACUUUAGGAACCUAAAUUCAAAUAGAAUGAAACAAAUUAAUAUUUUUUAGUCUAUUAGCACUCUAGGGGGAAGUACAGAAAUUUAUCUUCAGCAUAUUAAAAGUUAAUAUAAUACACAGUUGAAAUAUCCCAGUAACCAUACAACUGCAUUCGUUAUGUGUCGGUGUAUUAAUUAAUGCCCGUUUUUGUUUGUUUGUUGUCUUCCUCAUAGGUCUUUGGAGUGAUAAUUAACUAUGAUGUCGUUAUGGUCUGUCAGCCAAUGAAAUCAUCAGAUGCGAAUUACGCAUUUGGCUUGUAUCACAAUUCACUUCAUUUCGUAAAUUGUGUUUUGAUGUAAAAACAAACAAUAAAGCAGUGUACAAUGAAUAUUUUUUAGUGUAAUAAUACUGAUAUUUGGAUGUUUCUAUAGCAACAAGCUUUUGUUUUAUCGUUUCCAGUAUUGCUGCCAAGUGCAUACAAGUUUGACGAUCUAUUGUUGAUAUUAGUUUAUUGUGAAAAAAUAUAUUAUACAUGAAUUUUCUUAUAAUUUCAUGGUCUUUCACAUUGUAUGGCUAAAAAGAAAUCUAAAAAAUAAUACAUAUGGACAAUUUUGACUAAAACUAAAAAUUUAUAAACAAAAUAUAAAGAAACAUUGUAUUAAUACAUAUUGCAAAUAUAUUGUAUUUUACCUUUACCAGAAAAAUAAUAUGUAUUAUAUUCUUAAUUUUAUUGCAAAAGAAACUAUGAAAAUGUGACAAGUAGUUAUUGAACAAAUUUUUUAUCCAAAAAGCUAGCAGAUAUGCAAAAAUCAGUCCUGCAAUUUAAGGGGAUAACAUAGGGGAUUGCAGACCAGGUAAGGAAAGUGACACGGUUGAGUGGCAUGGUGUAGUUAUAUUGAGUAUGCAUCUGGAAAUAUCACAGUGAAUGUCGCUAUGUCAUUCAAGUGAAGCGUUCCUAACUGGUGUUCAAAAUGGCCACCAUAAUCAAAUCUCCCACUGGCUGUGAAAUAAAAUAAAUAAAUAAGAAUUUUAUUGUCAUUAAGCUUUACAUUCAAGCAAUAGACAAAGUCAAAUCCACUAUAUUAAUAACUUAGGACAGAGUCAGCAUACAAUAAAAUUCUAAAAAUAUCAAAAUAAUUUAGACCAACUGUGGUAACUAUGGUAAAAGGUAAAUCUAUAACUUAAUCUAACUUAACAAACAUCUUAUAAAACAUCACAUUAACAUUUCUUUGGAUUCAAAGAAUUCCUGAAUAGAAUAAAUGGUAAAUUAAUCAAAAGCCCAUACAACUUAUUCCUGAAUAAAUUUAUAGGUAGUUCUACCAUUUCUGAAGGGAAUUUGUUGAACAUUUUCAAACCUAGUACCUUGUAACUUUUUUGGGAUUUUGACAGUCUACAAAAAAGUGUAUCAGUACAUUUAUUAUUCCUUGUAUUAUAAUUGUGGAUGUCCUGUUGUAAUUUAUGGGUGGAUAAGUUACCCUUUGUAAAUAGUAGUACAUGAAAAAUAUAAAGAUUUAUGACAGUUAAAAAUUGGAAUUUUUUUUAAUACAUAGGAUUAUUAGAUUUCUUUUGUGUAAACAAAAUGCAAUCGGUGGAAAUUUAUCAUAAAUUGUGUUCUGUGUAUGGAGAACACUUAAUUAACUAUUUUGCAGCUAACUAUGGUGCCAUUUGUUACGUGAAGAACAAACUACUGUUCACCAAGAUAAGUGAAGUGGUCAAUUGCCUAUAGUUACCAAUGACCUUGCUGAACAAAACAAUCAUAACGUUAAGGAAAAUCGAAGGUUCUCACAAUCACAGAUAGUGUAUGACACUGUGACUGAGAAACUUGGAUAUCAUACAUUUGUAACUAAUGGGUAGAUGACAGUUUUUGUGCCCAAAUUGUUGACUGAAUGUACCAGCUUAAAGUUCAUUAUCCAGUACCAUGAAGAAGGUGGCAAUUUGUUGUAAACCGCAUAGUCACAAGUGAUGGAACAUGGGUUUCUUAUGUCAAUGUCUAACAAAUAAGGCGAUCGAUGGAAUGGGGUCACAUGGCAGAAUUUUAUUCUAACUGUUAUUGAAAACCUUGUAGGAUAAGUGCAAAUAAUUGUGUACAGGUAUAUGCUAAUAAGAGUGUAAGACCUUUUCUUUAAACUGUAUAUAAUAAAAGAGCUGUAUAAGUUGCAUAUAAUUUUUUAUUUGUUAAAGCAACUUACUUUCAAUACAAGCUUGAUACAAAUUAUAUAAAAAGUGUGCAAUAAAAAAUUAUGAGGGAUACUCAGUGGUGGGAGGAUGUCUGUAUAAUAUAAAUUAUGUGUCGCAUUAAUUUGCAGCUAUUAUCUUGUGUUUACAGUUUAGCUUUUCAUUACCAAUUUUCAAAAUUUCAAACAUACAAGGUGUGUUGAAAAAGUAACGAGAAUUUUUAAGUUUUACUGGUUUGGAGAGUCCGAUUGUCAAGAUUGUUUUUUAAUGUUAGUACUAUGCUCCAUAUAAUAAAAGCUAAGUAUAAUGCUAUGCUAAGUAUAAUAAAAUUUCCAGUUGUAUUCAUUGUUUACUUUUUCAGUGGCAGCUGCUAAGGUUAGACAUCUUUUAUGAACCCAGCAAUGUUUGUUAAAUAAAUGGAUCAAAGAAAUCAUAUCAAAUUUUGUGUGAAAAAUUAAAUUAAGUGUAAAAAAAAAUGUGGGAAAUGUUAACAAAGACCUUUGGUGAGUCUGAUACGAGUAAAACAAGGGUUUAUAAGUAGUAUAAACGUUUCAAAGAUGGCCUUAAAGACUUUGAAGGUGACAAAUGCUCUAGACGCUCCAGUGGAAGAAAUGGUAUAGUUGGCAUAUCAAUUGGCUCAUUCCAUAACAAUUUUUCAAAUGUUUAGGGACAGCAAAAUUUGUUCCAAAAUUGUUGAAUUUUGAAUAAAAACAGCAGCGAAUGGAAGUUGCCCAGAAAUGACUCAAUGAAGUCAGCGACAAUGCAGAAUAAUUACUGAAACAUGUUAUACCAAGUGAUUAAACAUGGGUUUACAGAUAUGACGUCUAAACUUGGCUCAAUGAUCCUAAUGGAAGCAUUCUGGAUCGAAUGUGAGGGCUAUGGUCAUUGUCGAUUUUAAUGGCAUAGUGCAUCAUGAAUUCUUGCCACAAGGUCAAACGGUCAAUAAGGAGUAGUAGCUGCCAGUUCAACGCUGUUUGCGUGAAGCAAUUCGAAAAAAUCAUUAAAAAAUUCAUGGCUUUGCACCAUAACAAUGCAUCUGCUCACACUUUAUUGCUUGUUCAUGAAUGUUUGGCCAGAAACAUUGUAACGGUACCCCAGCCUCCUUAUUCUCCAGACAAUUAAUUUUAAUUUUCUAGUUGCUGUGUCUAACUGGAGACAAGAAACAACACUGAAUCUAUUUCAAAUUAUUAACAUCUCAUUUUUUCCAUAUUAAAUCUGAAAAUUGUCACACCUUUUUUCCCUUUUCUCCCUGUAAGUGAUAAAAUAUAGAAGGAAUUAGAUUCAAAUUUCAUAGGAAUCGUGAAGGUAGAUGUUAGCUAGAAGUAUCUAGGUUUUAUUGGAAUGAGGACAUCAGUGCCCACUAAGAAACUAGCCAGAGAAUCUAAUUCUAUUGACUCACUGUGCAGAAUUCCCGAUAUUUCUUAUAAUAAUGCCAUCUUGAUACUAUAUCCAUAAGGAAAUAUUUCUCCUGCUGCCAUGAUCACUGAAAUAUGGAGUUUCCAGGACACUUUUGGAGACAACAUAAAAUCAAAUGAAAAUCCUGUCUAAAAUAUCAUGAACAGAUAUACAAAAAACAAGCAGAAAAGUUUUUGAAAGAAAUGCAAAAUCUAUUAGAAAUUCUGUUGAAGUCAAAUAAGAACUAAUGUAAAAUCCCUCAAAAGGAAUGAAAAAAUCUGCUACAAACAAAUGUGAAAUCUAUGAAAAAUAGAUCUAAAAUGUGUUAAAAAUUAAUAAAUAUUCUAUGUCGAAUGAUGACAAUUAUGUUAUAAUUGAAUAAAAAUCAGUUUAGAUUCAAUAUAAAUUGUGUUAAAAAUUAUUGGAAAAAAAUAAUAAAAAUAUCUUUAUAUUACAAAGUUAUUCUAUUACACUUUCUUUAUCUCCAAUCACAAAUUUUCCAACAACAAUUAAAUGUAAGUUGUCUUUUUUAUUAAUUUCUUUAAUAUUUUUAUCCUCCAAAACAUGUAUGAUAAUAUAAUUUUAAAUCUAUUUGGUAAAUGAACUUUAAAAUCUUCUAAUUCGGCUAUAAUUGUUAACCCAUAUUUAUCUUUCAUUUUUCCUAAAUGUAAAAUGCAAUAUUUCUUAUUUUCUUCCAGUUCAUUAAACUUAUUACAUUCUUUAAAUCUUAAAUCUCCAACUUUGUUUAACUCUCGUAAGUAGUCCAUUUAUUAAGAAAAAUAUUAUAUGUAAAAAAUAAUUUUUAAAAGUUUAAAAAGGAAAAUAUUAAAAUUUGCUCCUUUAAAUUUGAAAAUGGUUUGCAAUGCAGAAUCAGUAUGUACUAAAAAUUCAUUUUAUAGAAUCAACUUGUGUGCAAGUGUAAAAGCUUAUAGAUCAGUCGACAAGUAUUGAGAUUUCAGUACUCGAACAUUAAACUUGUUUCCAGACAAGUAUAUCACACAAGUUACUCAUAUAUGUGUACCAGUGUAAAUUUACCUUUAAAGUAACCUGUACCGGGUAAUUUCAGUUUGUAGACAGGAGUAGCCGGUAAAAAUUAUCUGUUACAGUAGUUCCAUCAUGAUUAAUUGUCACAGUAGUGACUGAGUUGCCUAGCUCUGAGCAGUUCUGUACUGUGUUAGUUUGCUGUCAUUUGUUGCUACUACGAGGCAACUCCACAUAGGCAAUUUGCAUAUUGAAAUGAGCAGUUGCUGGUUACCAAAUCUGUGUUAAAAAUUAAACAUUUUGAAAAUAGUGGUUUACAAAUUUACAUGCUCAAGAUAAUGACUAUGAGCAAGUAUGAGGGUUUACACAGACUUAUUCUUUUACUGCGUACUUUCAGUGGAAGAAAUGAUUCUUUUGUCAUAAUAUAUGAUGAAUGGUUAAGUAAUACUUCAUUUAUAAUGAUAAUUUUAUAUUUUAUUCUAAAUGUGUGGUUUUACCCUUUUCUGGACUUCUAUCAUAUUCAUAUUUGUUCAUAUCUACGUCUUAAAAAUUAAAAAAAACGUUUUUUCCUUUAUUCAAUUUUCAAUGCACAAUUUUUUUUCUUGUUGAAUAUAAGGUGUUAAAUAAGGUAAUGAGGUCUCACUUAACUAUACUGUAUUUUUCAAAGUUGAGCACGCCUGUAACAGAGGGCCUAUGAAAUAAAACGUAAGUAUACUCGCUAGGUUAGAUAUAGUAGGAUAUAGUAGUCCAUAUCCUAAACAUUCGAGGAUUUACUACCAAAUAAGAUCUGCCUAGAAACAAAUUAAAGAGUUAUUUAUAGCUUCAGCUAACUUGGUGGUUCAGCUUGAGACAAUCAAUGCUGUCAUAUGAUUUUCUUUUAAAAAGCUUUGGUACAAGGAAUUUGACAUUCAUACCAUAGAUUCAACAUAUUGAAUGGUAGAGGUGGGUAGACGCUGUCGCCAAGCUCUUGUACACUCCGAAAAUCAAACCAACCACGGAGAACCAAUGGAAAAGCUUUCCGCACAUCUGUCUUGUUUCUUGUAUAUUCCAUUGCUAAGUUCUGAACUCCCUUGUGGUUAAUGGUUCCCAUGUGAAAGAGAUUGGUGUUCAACUACACAGUGUUAUGAGAACAAUUAGUGGUUCUCUUAAAGCCGACCCCUCUACCUGUACUAUGUAGUUGCUCCUAAAAUAAGUAACAAGGAAGCACUAUUAAAAUAAUGUGGGAAAAUUAUAUCUGUAAGACAUUUACCCAUCAUGCAAGACCACCAACUACAGUUAGAGCAGACUCGGAUCUCAAAAACCACCUUUCAAAUCAGCACAAGUCUUUGCCACACAAAAACUUUUAUCCAAUGUCAGCUAAACAUCCAGGGAGGUAUGUUUGAGAGACAUUCGUCCAAUCCUACUUUAUCAUUAGAUAGAAUGGAUCUACCCCAUAAAGACUGGUCUUUGCUGAACCUUUUCUGUACUUGAGUUGAAUAAGCUCACAGUUAUUAAUUAACAAUAGAUCAUUCUGAGGAACUCUCUGAGUUCUGUAUGGAAUGGUAUUAAACAUGUAAAUUUAAAAUUCUAGGAUUUAAAUAAUCAAAAUAUGAAAUUUUUUAAAGAAUAUUACACAUAUUGGGACAUGAUGUAAGUUAUAAAUUAUUUAAAUAUUAUUUAAAAUAUUAAAUUAAUGCCUAUAUGUUUUAAGAAUUAAAUAGUUUCCUGUAAAUUAUGGUGUUGUGUCCUAUUGCAUAACUGUAAACAAAGUAAAAAUUAUUUUUAUCUCUAAAUACAAGUAUUCCUCAAAUUUUCACAUUUUUCUUUUAAAUUGUUUUGUUUAAUCCUUGAUUUUAGGCCUAUAUAGCCUUUAUUAAUUAUCUUUCUACAAUAAAACUUACACAAUUGAAUUCCUUAUCAGUUCAAUUGUUCUUGAUUAUCCACAUAGAGGCUGAAAUAAUUCAAUUUUGUAAGCAAAUAUAAUCAAUUGCUUGUAUCAAUUUUGACAUGGUGUGAACCAAAUAACAUGGAUGAUAGUUGUUUUGUACUUUUAAUGUUUGUUUUUAUGAAUAAACAAAAAAAUAGAAAGCUUCAAACCACCUUUGUUAUUGUUGUCAUUUACAGACCAAAUUAAAGUUAAUUGAUGGAGUUUUCCGUUAUUCUUUAUUUAAAAUUUGUUAUUAACAAUUGAUUGUUGUUGUUUUUGUAACAUAUAACUUUAGUCAAUGUCUGAAAUCCUGUCAUCAGUUACCACACACUUUGGAAACAAUGCUCAAUUCCUGAUUUCUAGUUUCUACUGACCUUGGCUAGUGCAUGUCGGAAGAUGCAAAACUCUGCAAUCUUAUCAAUUUAUGGUAACAGACAUUUUCUUUGAUAUGCUAAUAAUGUGUAUAGUAGAUAAUUAUAUGUUUAAUUAAUAUGAUACACAUUUGAUAAUAACCAUGAGUGUAUGAAUUCACUCUUGUGUUUGAAAUAUAAACUGAGAAUUACCAAUGUAAUAAUGAUUUAUAAAAAUAAAUCUUCAUUUUUAUGAAUCUAAAACAUGUAACUGUGAUUGUGGUAUAAGUUGUGCAUUAUUCUUAUUAAGAGUGUUUUCAUUUAUAAAAUAUUAUUUAAAGUUAUCUUCAAAAUGUGAUUUUAAUAUUUCUUAAAGUAUACGUAAUUGUGUUCAGAAACACACUACUCUUAUCUGUCAAUUUAUACUCGUGCAUAGCUCUCGAGGUGGCAUAUUGUAAGAUUUAAAUCAGAUGAUUGUGAUAGCUGUGAUUGAAAAUUAGAUUAUGUAUUUUUGUUGUAUUUGUCUUAUUAAAUAAAAGAUUUAAAUAAUU